AUGUAUCUUGGAAGUGGUAGAACAUGUAUCUCUGGUGCCUCUCAGCUGCUGGGCAGUCAUUUUCGACGGAAACUGGCGCCUUCUGUCGCUAUGGCAACUGUUGCUCCAGACGUGAAGCCAUUUUAUUUUCAAGAUAUUCUAGAACUACAGCAGAAGCCCGAUGUUCCCUAUAGAAAACUGACAGGUGACUUUGUUUCAACAACAGAGUUUAAGGGAAAGAAGUUACUGACUGUUGAGCCAGAGGCUUUGACCUUGAUCUCGGAGAAUGCUAUGAUCGAUGUUGCUCACCUCCUGAGGCCAAAACACCUGCAGCAACUAGCCAACAUUCUGAAAGACCCAGAAUCCUCAUCCAAUGACAAAUUUGUUGCUUUGGAACUCUUGAAGAAUGCCAAUGUGGCAGCUGGCAUGGUAUUGCCAGGUUGCCAAGAUACAGGGACAGCCAUUUGUAUGGGCAAGAAAGGUCAAUAUGUGUGGACAGACGGCAAUGAUAUGGAAGCUAUCUCUAGAGGGAUAUACAACACAUACACCAAGAAAAACCUGCGUUAUUCACAGGUAGCGCCACUAGAUAUGUACACAGAAGUGAAUACAAAAACCAACCUCCCGGCACAGAUCGAAAUUUACUCUACGGGCAGCAACUAUUAUGACUUUCUCUUCAUUGCGAAAGGGGGCGGCUCAGCCAACAAAACAUUUCUGUAUCAACAGACAAAAGCUUUACUUAAUCCAGACAAGCUGAUGGCAUUUGUCAAUGAAAAAGUUAAGACUCUGGGCACAGCUGCCUGUCCACCAUAUCACCUAGCGUUUGUUGUAGGCGGCACCUCUGCUGAGUUCACCCUCAAGACUGUCAAACUGGCAUCCACAAAAUACCUGGACAACUUACCUACGACAGGAAAUGAACAUGGCCGAGCAUUUCGAGACCUGGACUUGGAGGAUAAGAUUUUAAAACUGACGCAGCAGAUGGGCAUUGGGGCUCAGUUUGGAGGGAAGUAUUUCUGCCAUGAUGUCAGAGUUGUGCGUCUGCCACGACACGGUGCUUCAUGCCCGGUUGGCCUUGGCGUGUCCUGCUCAGCUGAUAGACAGAUCCUGGGCAAGAUCACAGAGGAUGGUGUGUUUCUGGAGCAGCUGGAGACCAACCCUAGUCAGUACCUCCCUGAAGUGCAGGACAGAGAUCUCGGAGGAGAGGUGGUCAGUGUUAGCCUUAAUCAACCAAUGAAAGAUGUCCUCAAGCUGCUGGACAAAUAUCCCGUCAAGACACGGCUGAGCUUGAGCGGGACCCUGAUUGUAGCUCGUGACACUGCACACGCCAAGCUCAAGGAGAGACUGGAUAAAGGGGAGGGUUUGCCACAGUACUUCAAGGAUCAUCCUGUUUACUACGCUGGCCCGGCCAAGACUCCAGAGGGCUAUGCUAGUGGUUCAUUUGGGCCUACAACAGCGGGCCGUAUGGAUUCAUAUGUUGCAGAGUUUCAGAAGGCUGGAGGCAGCAUGAUUAUGUUAGCAAAGGGAAACAGAAGCAAACAGGUGACAACUGCAUGUAAGCAGUUUGGAGGCUUCUACCUGGGCUCUAUUGGUGGACCUGCUGCCAUACUUGCUCAGAAUUGCAUCAAGAAGGUUGAGGUCUUGGAGUACCCAGAGCUAGGUAUGGAGGCUAUUUGGAGGGUAGAGGUGGAGAAUUUCCCAGCUUUCAUCGUUGUCGACAACAAGGGCAAUGAUUUCUUUCAAAAGUGGCAGGUGGAAUGA